AUGGCGCGGCCGACGAAGCAGUUUAAAAAGUUUGUCGCCUCCGGCAAGCUCAAGGAGACGAUUGGCAAGCGCCGCAGCGCCGCCCAGAGCAAGAAGAAGUUUGAGGGCCAGAAGGCACAGCGGCAACUGCAGCGCGGCGCCGCCAACCCCGAACAUCAGCUUUCCGACGACGAGGAUGAGGCGCCCAACUUUGAGGGCGGGGCCAAGGGUGGCAAGGCCGGUGGCGUGGCCAAGACGGUAGACGAGCUGUUUGGCGCUGGGGGGCUCGAUGUGCCUAUUGAAGAGGGGAGUGAUUUGGAGGAGUUGAGUGAGGAUGAGGAUGAGAGUGAGGAUGAAGAGGCAGGAGAGGGAGAGGAGGACGAGCUGGACGAAGAGGCUAUGGCUAAGGCUAUGGCUGAUCUUGAGAAGAAGGAUCCCGAGUUCUUCAAGCAUCUCAAGGCUGAGGAUCCGGGUCUCCUGGAGUUUGGGAUGGACGUCGAUGAGGAUGAGGAUGAGGAGGAGGAGGAGGAAGAGGAUGAGGAGAUGGAGGAGGAUGAGGAUGAGGAGGAGGCCGAGCGAACCAAGACAGUCGUUACGAUGCGCAUGCUCCGCGGCUGGCGCGAGGGUAUGAUCAAGCAACACUCGCUGCGUUCGCUGCGCAAGAUGCUCACGGCGUUCCGUGCUGCCGCGCACAUGAACGAGGAGGGGGAGCAGGGGUCCGGCCUCGACCUGCGGUACACGAUCCCCUCGGCAGACGUGUUCAAUCGCCUCGUAGUCACGGCCCUCAAGUUCACCCCCGUGGUUCUGGCCCAUCACAAGCCGUUCAAGACGCUCCCCAACGGACGUAUCAAGCUCGGCGCAUCCAAGGCGCCCGCGACCCUCGACCGCCUGAUUCUCUCACACUUCAGCACGCUGCUGCACCUCCUCAAGUCUCUGCCGUCUACCCCCUCCGCUCUUGGUGAGGAGGAGGAGGGCGCUGGCGGCCUCCUCGCUCUGGCGGUUAGCGAGAGUGCCAAGCUCCUCCCCUGGGUCCUCGGGGCGCGCAAGCACGUCCGCGCGUACCUCAAGACGCUGCUCGAGCUCUGGUCUAGCGCAAGCGACAGUGUGCGUGUCGCGUCGUUCCUCGCUAUCCGGCGUAUGUUUGUGGCUGGAGACGAGGCGAUCAAGGACAUCUGCCUGCGCAACAUUUACAAGGCGCUCCUCCCGCCCCUUCGCCUUACUUCAGUGCACACUCUUCCGUCGCUCAACCUGAUGAAGAACAGUGCGAGCGAGCUGUACCAGCUCGAGCCGGCGCUGUCCUACCAGCACGCAUUCACCUUCAUCCGUAUGCUCGCCGUGCACCUGCGUAACGUUGUGCGUUCCUCGACCGCCGGCAAGGCCGGCGAGGACGGUGCGGCCUUCCGUGCGGUCUACAACUGGGCGUUUGUGCACGCCAUCGACUUUUGGAGCCAGGUUCUCUCUGGCGCAGCUGGCACUGAGACGCAGGCGGCGCGUGGUGGCCUCGAGUCGCCCCUCAAGCCCCUCAUCUACCCGCUCGUGCAGGUCGCGCUCGGUGUGGUCCGCCUCCUCCCCAGCUCGCGCUACUUUCCUCUUCGCUUCCACAUUCUCUCCUCGCUGAUCCGCCUCGUCUCCCUCACGGGCACGUACAUUCCACUCGCGCCGUUCUUGCUGGAGAUUCUGGACUCUGCAGAGUUCCGCAAGGCGAACCCGAAGAAGGCGACCCUCAAGCCCCUCGACAUGGCCUAUGUCAUCCGUGCUCCAGCCGCCUAUCCAAAGACGAGGGUGUACCAGGAAGGGCUUGGGGAGGAGCUGGUCUGGCUCCUAAGCGAAUACCACGCGACCCUCGCGACCGACGUCGCGUUCCCCGAAAUCGCGUUGCCUGUUGUCCUCAGCAUCCGGCGGCACGUCAAGCGCGGUUCGGCCGGCAGCCCAAAGGUCUCAACGCAGCUCAAGGCGCUGGCGGACAAGAUUGACGCUAACCGGGCCUGGGUUGAGAGUAAGCGACGCAAUGUCGGCUUUGCGCCGCGCGACCGGUCCGAGCUCGCUCGGUUCUGCCAGGACGUCAAGCCCGAGACCACGCCUCUUGGGGGAUGGGUCCGUAUCCAGCGCAAGGCGCGUGAGACGAAGCGGCGCGAGGUCGAGAAGGCGAUGCGUGAGGAGCGCGACGAGUAG